AUGCCGAUCACUUUAAAAAAGGCAAUCUCCCGAAAGAACGGGGUGACGGGUGCUGGCCCCACGGGCUGGGCCCCUUGGGGCGGAGUGACGACGUGGGCGGGUACCUGGGCACUGCCCCCCGCGGCGGCCGGGGGCUCGCCCGGCUGGCCACGGCGCGCCGGCGCAGCCCGGGAUGGCUCACCCUCGAGCCCGGCGCUACUUUACCAGGGGGGAGAACCAACUUUUGUGCCUAGAACAGUUGCUGAAAUCGAAAAGCAUAUGGCUGAUGGAGCUAACUUUAAAACCAAGUAA